GAAAACUACAAAACUACACUUCCCACAUUUCUCCAGAAGCCGUCCCCAGCACUCCAACUCUCGCGAUGUCAGCCGGCUUUCCCGUGACCUGCUGCUAUUUACCGGGCUCAAGUGGGCAUUUGGUUUACUGUAAGCGACAAGAUGUCUGAGCCAAUUAGAGUUCUGGUGACCGGCGCUGCAGGGCAGAUUGCCUACUCACUCUUGUUCAGCGUCGCAAAAGGAGAUGUCUUUGGCAAAGAUCAGCCAAUCACACUGCUCCUCCUCGACAUUCCACCCAUGAUGCCCGUCCUGGAAGGAGUGGUAAUGGAGUUGCAAGACUGUGCCCUUCCUCUUCUGAGAGAAAUUGUGGCCACUGACAAUGUGGAAGUGGCCUUCAAGGACCUAGACGCCGCCAUGUUGGUGGGCUCAAUGCCCAGGAGGGAGGGUAUGGAAAGGAAAGACCUGCUCAAAGCCAAUGUGGCUAUCUUUGAAACUCAGGGAAAGGCCUUGGAUAAGCAUGCCAAGAAGACAGUCAAGGUUCUGGUGGUAGGAAACCCAGCCAACACCAACUGUCUGAUUGCAAUGAAGUCUGCUCCCUCCAUCCCCAAAGAGAACUUCUCGUGCCUCACCCGCCUCGACCACAAUAGGGCUCGCUCUCAGGUUGCGAUGCGCUGCGGUGUCCCUGCUACUAAUGUGAAGAAUGUGAUCAUCUGGGGCAACCACUCAUCAACGCAGUACCCGGAUGUGCACCACUGCAAGGUCAACGUGACCGGCAGCGAAGUGGCUUGUUAUGAUGCAGUCAAGGAUGAGGCUUGGCUUAAAGGGGACUUCAUCGCUACUGUGCAGCAGAGAGGCGCGGCUGUCAUCAAGGCCAGGAAGCUGUCCAGCGCAAUGUCUGCAGCCAAGGCCAUCUGCGACCACAUGAGGGACAUCUGGUUUGGUACCCCGGAGGGUGAGUUCAUUUCCAUGGGUGUGUACUCCUCAGGCAACACGUACAAAGUACCAAGUGAUCUCAUCUACUCUUUCCCUGUCCAAAUCAAGAACAAAUCCUGGAAAAUAGUGGAGGGCCUGGCCAUCAAUGACUUCUCCAAGGCAAAGAUGGAGGCCACAGCCACAGAGCUGAUAGAGGAGAGGGAUACUGCAAUGGAGUUCCUGGCCAAGUGACUACGUGUAGAUGCUCGACUGUGACUUAGCACUCCCUUCAACAUCCUUCUAUUCAUCGUGUAUGUGUGUGUUGUGUGUUUUCCCCAAAACCUCGGGUGGGGCGAUUGGGGGGAACUGAAAGGCUUUGGUACUGUAACAGAUCCCAAGGGCACAUACAGUGGGGAGAGCAAGUAUUUGAUACACUGCCAAUGGAAAAACCCAUUGGCAGUGUAUCAAAUACUUGUUCUCCCCACUGUAGCUGCCUUAGUUUUAGCUAUGCAGACAUGCCCAUUUUAAAGGUCACAAACACAAGAGCUCUUUCUUUUGACUUUCUAAAUGUAAUUUUCUUUCAAAAACUGCUGUUUAACCCAUGAUACCUUUUACUCAUAAUAUAGUGCCACUUGGUGUGUAAUCUGAGUUUUGGGUCCAUCUAAUUUGUCACCACCAACUUGUCAUUUCAUUUGGUGUAGUGAAGUGUUGGUUGAACAAAAAAAAAAACACUUGAAUCCUAAUGGUUCAUGUUAUAAAAAUAAAAGACUUGAAAAGUAUUGGGCUUG